UUCAUUGAUAAAGAUUUGAUAAAAGUUCCUGACCGAAUUGAUUAUGAAAUUGACGGGCAACAUGAAAUUAACAGGAGUUACGCAGAUCGAGGACCGGAAGCAGCACAAAAAGGUAAAAUGAAUUCUAUUUUAAAAAAAAAGAAAAAAAACUCUUCAAAAUCUCCAAAGGGAUAUUUAAUCAUUAGAACUGAUUUUCAGACGCUAAAAACCUUUUUUUUUUUUCUUCUCCAGCUCCUAAAGCCGCUGAUUGAGAAACGGAGGCGGGAGAGAAUGAACCACAGCCUGGAGUCUUUGAGAAUACUGCUGCUGGAAAACGCGCAGAUGAAGAAAUUAACCAACCCCAAAGUGGAAAAAGCGGAGAUUCUGGAGAGCGCGGUCGCGUUUCUGCGGAGAGAACGUGCCUGCGACGGCGCGGAGCAGCGCCAGCGGCUGCGUCAGGUUGCUAGGGACGCCACCGAAUCCCAACGCGGUUACCACGACGGCUUCCAAGACUGCCUCACUCGGACGGCCAGCUUCCUGCGGCAAGCGUGCAGCCAAACAUCCGAAACCCAGCGCUGCACGGGACCGACACUGGCAGCCAGUUUCUCCCAGUAUAUGACGCACCACACCCAGUCUAGGAACUCGGCCGGGCGGCAGCUUUACUCCUCCCCUGAAACCUCUCCGGUGGAGACCGCAGCGGCACCUGAGCCGUCCGCACGCCGGCUGCAGCGCUUGGUGACCGGUUGGGGCACUAGCGGUGUCUCGCUGACCCCUGCCGCUUCCUCCCCUCCACAAAAACAGCGGAGAACCGGAGCCACACGCCCGCGCAGUGGGGAGAGGGCACCGCUGGCUUUCAGGCACCCCAACGCGGUCUCCUGCGCGCCUAUGAGCUCCAAAAUCGGCCACAGCCACUCCAACGCAGUGUGGCGACCCUGGCCAUAAAACUGGCGUGUCAGCCUAACGCAUAUUGACCCUGUUAAUCCUAAUAUAUAUAUAUAUAUGGAAGAAAUGUGUAUACUGUUGUUAUAUAGCAUGCAUGUUACCUUAGGGGUUAAAAAAAACCGAAGUGAAUUUCUGAAUUGUAACUAGUUAAUAUAUAGACGUAUCAACGCAAUGGUGUAUAGCCGAGCGAAGCUCUACGGUAUUAGAAGCCACGUGCUUUAACAUUGUAAAUAACACAGAGAAAUACAUAUUUAUAUUUUCAUAUUCAACCUUUUAAUGCCAUGCCUUGUUAUGUGAGGGUCUGGAACCAACUCCCCAGUAAUGUUGUUGAAGCUGACACCCUGGGAUCCUUCAAGAAGCUGCUUGAUGAGAUUCUGGGAUCAAUAAGCUACUAACAACCAAACGAGCAAGAUGGGCUGAAUGGAGCCUCCUCUCGUUUGUAAACUUUCUUAUGAUCUUAGGUAUUGUGCCGCGAUCCAACCCCGCGCGUUCGGGGUCUCUUGGGGGCAGAUUAAUCAUUUCUGUAUUUUUUUUUUUUAAAUAGUUGUAUAACUGUGUAUUUUGUAUAGCGGAGAAUGCCGAGAGAGAAUAGCUGCAUACAAGAUCGAAUUGUAAAUAUAGAAACGUACAUAAGAUUUAUGAAGUGCAUUGAAACGCAGCUCAGUGCAAUGUAUUUUGUGUAUGUGUACAUGUAUAUAUCUAUAUCUAUAUCUAUAGAACACAUUUCCUUCAGCACAAAUAUUUAUUAAUAUUUUAUAUAUUUCAAGGGAUAUACAUAUAUUUUUGAAUAAAAUUCUUUAUAA